CAAGUUUUAAUUACUAAAUUUAAAAUGUUGGCAAAAAUGUCAAACACACACACAAGAAGAUGGUCUUCUUUAAAUAAAUGGAUAGUAGGCAGACGAAUGUCUUCUAUACAAAAACAAAACAGGCUUUUCUUCUCUCUUCUUCUACCAAAGGGUUUCUCAACCUCAUACAUAAUCUCCACCGCCAUGAGCCACCCGAACCACCACCAGCAGCCGCCGAGCUAUGUCACCGACCCAAACACCAUGUUCGUUCAAGCAGAUCCUUCCAACUUCCGAAACAUCGUCCAAAAACUCACCGGAGCACCACCGGAACUCUCCACAGCACAACAGAAGCUUCCUUUAACACCGAAGAAACCAGCCUUCAAGCUCCACGAACGUCGUCAGUCAUCCAAGAAAAUGGAGCUGAAGAUCAACAACGACUCCUUCAGCCAUUUCCGCCGAGGGUUCCUGGUCUCUCCCGUCUCUCACCUGGACCCAUUCUGGGCGCGCGUGAGCCCACAUUCAGCGCGUGAGUAUCCUCACACACCACCGGACAAUGAGGAGCAAAAAGCUAUCGCGGAAAAAGGGUUCUACUUCCUUCCGAGUCCGAGAAGCGGGGCUGAGCCAGCACCGAUGCUUUUGCCUUUGUUUCCUCUUUCUUCUCCCAACGGCACUAAUCACCGUAAUGAAGAUGAUUAUCGCGACUGCUAAUCAUAAUUUGUAGUCAUAAUUUCAGUUUUAGGCUAUAUAUUGAUCUUAAGCUGGUGACAUCUCUGUUGCUUUUUACUUUUUGUUAGGGAUAAUCUCUCUUUUUUAUUAUCAUCAUCAUCCCUCGUAAUUAACUUGUUGAAGGGUCAACUAUUUCGCCGCGUGUAGUCCACUAUCAUCAGGAUAUAAAUAUUUAUUCUACAAGUUCUUUCUGUGACAAAAGAAAAAAAUCUACAAGUUCUUUUUUUCAUACUCGGCAAGGAAGCCAAAAUCAUUUCACAAGUAGAUGUUUAAUUUAUUUAUUUAUUUAUUUUUUUUUUUUUUAACACAAGUAGAUGUUUAAUUACAGCUCCAUUUUGUACACUAUAUACUGGCAGCUUUAUAUAUCAAACAAUUGAUUUUGCUUACAAAUGAGUUGAUGCAUGAGGGGGAUGUGAAUGAAUAGAUAACCUAUAUGUUGACCUUUUGGGUUAAGGAAGAAAGUAAAUUGAGGUCAGUUCUUUAGGGCGAUAGGGUAGACAGUGUGUAACAGUGUUCCGUUCAAUUUAAUUUGUGUGUGUCAUGAAGCUGCCAGCCGUUGGAUUUAAUGACAAAGCUGUGACGCAGAAUGAAGCUAUUUCCUCUUCACAUCCAACGGCUAAGAUUAAUUAUAUAGAUGAAAAAAGUAGUGGUAUUAAUAAUAGAUGUUACUUGUAACAGAGGGUGUCUCUGCCUCUCACUUUAAAGUCAGUUGUCAGUCUAUCUUCGAACUUUGCCCCCUCAGGUGUAAUCCAAAUUUGAAACCGCUUUUCAAAUCCUAGCCGUCCAUUUGUCAAACCUAACAAGUGCCCUCACAAGCCCAUUUUGAGUUCAAGAGAAGCAUGAUUUACUGAACCUACAAUAACAAACUUAAUGGGUUUCUUAUACUCUCAGCCCAUUCAGCUUUCUUAGGAUCCUUUAUAUUUCAUAUAAGUUUUGUGUUGACAUUUAAAAAUCUGCCUGUAUUAGUACCCUCUCUUUAUUAUGUCUUGUGUGUUGAUUUUACGUUUUCUCUCAGAAUAGAAUGAAUAAAAGAUUAUCUCUUUUAUGGAAAAAAUCAUCCAACUUCUCUCUAGACCUUCAAAAACUGAUAUCGUCUUCCGGCGGCCGGUAGGCUAAUCGCCACCGGUUGCCAUACUCUUUUGUGUUUUCUUUUUUGGUGUAUUAUAUUAUCUUCCGUUUAGCGGAUAAUGGUUUUCGCUAGGCGACUUAUAUUUCGUUUGACGAUUUUGUUGUGUCUUUUCAAGCCAAUAUCGAACUUGUUCUUCAUGAUUAUCUUGUGCUUUCGAUUUGGUUUGAAUAAAUAAGUUUUAGAUAUAUCCAUAAAAUCCUCUUUGCUUGCUUUAAUCAAAAAUCCCGAAGCUAUGUCCUUAGUUCUUCUUUUCUCAUUUUAGCUUGUUUUACUUCAAUGGAUUAUAAAUCUACAUGAUUUAUGGCCACACAAACUGGGCUUUGCAUGUAGUAUUUCUUUGUUUGUAAAUCAAGAGAUUGGGAGUGUCUUGGCGAUGGUGAGAUCAGAUCAAGAAGAGUUGGGGUCUUAUGGAUGUCCUAACAAAUGAUCUAUAUCUUUUCCUCCUUCAACCUCCCCAGAGAUACGUGAAGAUGGUGACUGAAGAAUAUGGUAAUAUGCGUAGGUAGUCUGCAAAGAGGAUAAUCUCAGAGGAUUUCUGAAGUCUGUUGAUGGUGGUAAAUUGAAGCGGAGAAGACAACGGUUUAGAGGCGGAUAAGACACCGACUUCGCGGCGGAGGAUACACCGGCAAUAGGCGUGUUCGGAAGUUGGUGGAAGAUGCUAGAUCUAUCUCCUAAAUGAUGCCACGUGGUCCUAAUCUCUUUCGGUGGAAGACUCGUAGACCAAUUCUCAUCUCAUCAAUAUAUUUUCUUUCCGAUUAAGUUUAAUAUAUUGGGCCUUUAUGUAGACUUUUAAAUCCUCUGUACCUUGCCCAUUGGGCUUUAUGAAAUGAAAUAUGUUCAAAAAAAAAAAAAUCUCUUUUAUGGAAAA